AUGGCAGAACAACCCGGUACAAGACUCUGGACCACGGUCAUCGACCACCGAGCCCGGUCAGCACCGAAGAAGCUUGUCGGCCGCAUCCCGCAAGGCUCUGAGGUGACCGAUGGGUACCGAGACUUGGUAUACGAAGACCUUGCCCGCGCAGUAGAUGCGUGCGCCUUCUGGAUCAAGUCUCGCAUCGGCUGCGCCAAACAGCCCGAGACUGUCGCGUAUAUGGCGAGUAAUGAUGUGCGGUAUUUGAUCUUUAUCCUGGCCUGCCAUAAAACUGGGUAUCAGCCCCUGCUCCUUUCCCAUCGUCUCUCUGACGAAGCUUACAAGCAUAUCCUUACCGUCACCCAUUCUGCAAAACUUUUCUUCACUCCAGAUAAACAACGUCGCGUUUCUGAGAUCCAAGCUGUCCAUCCCAAUAUAAUGCCGUUGGAAAUUCCACCUCUCGCAGAUCUUCUCCACUCAAAAAGCUCCCCUUAUCCAUUCAACAAGACUUACCAAGACGCUGAAGAUGAGGUAGCCAUUAUCAUCCACAGCUCUGGCACUACAGGCAUGCCAAAGCCUGCACCACUCACACAUGGCUUCCUCGCUACAAUGGAUGUCGGAGCCUAUCUUCCCCGUCCGAAAGGCCGUCGAGCCAGUGUGUUCUUCGACCUCGAGCCUGGUCAGCUGGUUGUAUCAACGACCCCGCUGUUCCACCUAAUGGGCUUGAUGGCAUUUACAGAAGCCAUAUUCCAUGAAAUUCCAUUUGUGCUAUGCCCAGACAAGCCCAUGUCUGCGAAUUUGGCAAUCGACGUGAUUGAAGCCACCGAACCCGCUGCCGCCAUGCUGGCACCGUCCUUGCUGGCAGACAUGAGCGAGUCCUCGACGAUGCGUGAAGUUCUCCGAACUCUUGAUGCAGUCUACUUUGGCGGUGCGCCAUUGGCCCCUGAGGUGGGCAACCUUUUACAAUACGACACCAAGGUUAUUACGCUGUUUGGGUCCAGCGAAAUGGGGCUGCUCAGCUCUUUCGUCCCUCAAGGUGAAAAGCUAUGGAACUACUUUGAGUGGAAUCCCGCUUAUGGAGUCAAGAUGGAGCCUCAGAGUGAUGGCUUGUAUGAGCUUGUUAUUCCCCGUCGCCCUGAUAGCCGCCGUAUUCAUGGCAUCUUCCAUUCAUUCCCCGACUUAAAUGAGUAUCACACCAAUGACCUCUUUGCCCACCAUCCAGAGCGUCCAGAGUUAUGGAGAUAUCACGGACGCAAAGAUGAUGUUCUUGUGCUAAGUAACGGUGAGAAGCUCAAUCCUAUCUCGCUGGAAGAGACCGUCGAGCUCCAUCACGACGUCAAGCACGCUCUAGUUGUUGGCCAAAAUCGAUUUGAAACAGCGUUGAUAGUGGAGCCCACGCACCCCAUGGUGGACGAGCGCCGCUUCAUUGACGCCAUAUGGCCGACGGUUCAACAAGCCAACGAGACCGUGCCCAAGUAUGGUAGGGUAUCGAAGAAUAAGAUCCGACUGGCUUCGCCUGAUAAACCUUUCCUGGUCACUCCUAAGGGGACCACACAGCGCCGCGCCAUUACCAGUGAUUACCAAGAAGAAAUUGAGGCCCUGUAUGAGGCUGCGAAGGCAAAUGAGGCUGCGGACGUACCACCACUGCCUGAGACACUCGACUUGGCCUCGACCCGCGACUACGUCCGCAAUAUGGUGGUGGGAAUCCUCUCCCAGCCCGAUAUCGCAGAUGAUGACGACUUCUACAGCGCUGGACUGGACUCCCUGCAGACGAUUCAGCUGGCGCGAGACUUGCAAACCGCGGUCGCUGCCCGGGUAUCAGGCACGACGAUCAAUCAGCAACAGAUCUAUGCCCACCCGACGAUUUCCCAAUUGGCCCAAUGCCUUGUCGACAUUGUCCAGGGCUGCACCCAGACCGCCAUACCCCGCACCGAGCGCAUCGCAAAAGUGGUGGAAAAGUUCACAUCUCAACUACCCCCGAGCCGCCCACUUGGCGCUGAUCAUCCUUCUCAGUCAACUGUUAUCCUCACCGGCUCAACUGGCUCGCUGGGAACCUACCUCCUCAAUCAAUUCCUCAAAGACCAUACAGUUGCCAAGGUCUACUGCUUUAACCGCUCCGAUGAUGCCCAAGGUCGCCAACGUACCAGCUUCGCCAACAAAGGGUUAGACCCCAGCUUACUUGACGAUCCUACUCGCGUCGAAUUCCUCACCGUGGCCGUUGGUGCCCCCCAGUUCGGCCUCUCGGAUGCUACCUACACCAAACUCCUAGACUCGGUAAACCUUAUUCUCCACAACGCAUGGAAAGUCAACUUCAACCACCCACUCGAGUCCUUCGAAGACCCGCACCUACACGGUGUGUUAGAGUUCCUCUGGUUCAGCCAUCGCAGCGCCGCGCGAGCGCACCUCACCUUUAUCUCCUCCGUCAGCACGAUCGGCGAGUGGGAUUCCGCUACCAUGGGGUCGAUCGUCCCCGAGGCGCCCCUCGAGUCCGCCGAUGCCGUUAUGGAGCAGGGAUAUGGUGAGUCGAAGCAUGUAGGCGAACGGUUGUGCUGGACGGCAGCUCGUGACAUCGGAAUCCCCACGACUGUGCUGCGUGUCGGACAGAUUGGAGGUCCGACGACAGCCCAAGGAAUAUGGAAUGUGGACGAGUGGGUGCCAAAUCUUGUCAAGACCAGUGUGUCUAUGAGCGAAGCUCCGGCGGAUUUGGGCGCGUACCGUGUUGACUGGAUUCCUGUGGAUACCCUUGCUAAGAUUGCCGUCGAACUCACCCACACCCGUCUUCAUGAACAGCGACACAACCCCCACCGUGUCUAUCACUUGGUGAACCCGAUGCACGUCAAAUGGGAUGACCUGGUGCCUGCCAUUCAGCAAAAGUACCCUGAGGUGCGAACUGUCUCUUUUGAAGAUUGGCUUCGUAAGCUGGAGGCGGUGCGAUCCCCCAGCGAGGCGGAAGUGCGAGGGAAACCGGCUCUCAAAUUGCUGAACUUUUACCGCGGACUUAGUGGGAGUGUGCUGUCAGCGGAAGUGAGUGUGGCGCAGACGCAGAAGGCGAGUGUAACAAUGGCCAAAUUAGGCCCAGUGACAGCUGAUCUAUUGAUGAACUGGUUGGAGCAAUGGCAGUUUUGA